GCUGUGGCAGAAGCUGCACACUUCUGCAUCGUCGGCCGUAGCUGAUGCAACAGAGAAAUAUAUCUGAUAGUUGUUGAGUUUCAGUCUCUGGCUGACCUCACAUGGCUCUGGAGUCUGUUCCGCACACAGGGGAUCAACGUCUCUUCUGAAACAUCACCGACGAGUGACAAUUAAGAGCACUUCCAUCUGGUGAGUACAGGCUAAUACAGUAUGUGGUCUACACAGGUAUGGUACAGGCUAAUACAGCAUGUUGUUUACCCAGGUAUGGUACAGGCUAAUACAGUAUGUGGUCUACACAGGUAUGGUACAGGCUAAUACAGUAUGUGGUCUACACAGGUAUGGUACAGGCUAAUACAGUAUGUGGUCUACACAGGUAUGGUACAGGCUAAUACAGUAUGGUACAGGCUAAUACAGUAUGUGGUCUACACAGGUAUGGUACAGGCUAAUACAGUAUGUGGUCUACACAGGUAUGGUACAGGCUAAUACAGUAUGGUACAGGCUAAUACAGUAUGUGGUCUACACAGGUAUGGUACAGGCUAAUACAGUAUGUGGUCUACACAGGUAUGGUACAGGCUAAUACAGUAUGGUACAGACUAAUACAGUAUGUGGUUUACACAGGUAUGGUACAGGCUAAUACAGUAUGUGGUUUACACAGGUAUGGUACAGGCUAAUACAGUAUGUGGUUAACACAGGUAUGGUACAGGCUAAUACAGCAUGUUGUUUACCCAGGUAUGGUACAGGCUAAUACAGCAUGUUGUUUACCCAGGUAUGGUACAGGCUAAUACAGCAUGUUGUUUACCCAGGUAUGGUACAGGCUAAUACAGCAUGUGGUCUACACAGGUAUGGUACAGGCUAAUACAGUAUGGUACAGGCUAAUACAGCAUGUUGUUUACCCAGGUAUGGUACAGGCUAAUACAGCAUGUUGUUUACACAGGUAUGGUACAGGCUAAUACAGUAUGGUACAGGCUAAUACAGGUAUGGUACAGGCUAAUACAGUAUGUGGUCUACACAGGUAUGGUACAGGCUAAUACAGUAUGUGGUUUACACAGAUAUGGUACAGGCUAAUACAGUAUGGUACAGGCUAAUACAGUAUGUGGUUUGCACAGGUAUGGUACAGGCUAAUACAGUAUGUGGUUUACACAGGUAUGGUACAGGCUAAUACAGUAUGGUACAGGCUAAUACAGUAUGGUACAGGCUAAUACAGUAUGGUACAGGCUAAUACAGUAUGUGGUUUACACAGGUAUGGUACAGGCUAAUACAGUAUGUGGUCUACACAGGUAUGGUACAGGCUAAUACAGUAUGUGGUUUACACAGGUAUGGUACAGGCUAAUACAGUAUGUGGUUAACACAGGUAUGGUACAGGCUAAUACAGUAUGUGGUCUACACAGGUAUGGUACAGGCUAAUACAGUAUGGUACAGGCUAAUACAGUAUGUGGUUUACACAGGUUUGGUACAGGCUAAUACAGUAUGUGGUUUACACAGGUAUGGUACAGGCUAAUACAGUAUGUGGUCUACACAGGUAUGGUACAGGCUAAUACAGUAUGUGGUUUACCCAGGUAUGGUACAUGCUAAUACAGUAUGUGGUUUACACAGGUAUGGUACAUGCUAAUACAGUAUGUGGUUUACACAGGUAUGGUACAGGCUAAUACAGUAUGUGGUUUACCCAGGUAUGGUACAUGCUAAUACAGUAUGUGGUUUACACAGGUAUGGUACAGGCUAAUACAGUAUGUCGUUUACACAGGUAUGAUACUGUAUUAGACCAUGUCGUUUUUUCACAGAUAUGGUACAGUAUAAUACAGUAUGUAGUUUACACUGGUAUGAGAGUGUAUAAUACCAGUGGUGUAAAGUACUUAAGUAAAAAUACAUUAAAGUACUACUUAAGUAGUUUUUUUGUAGAAUCUGUACUUUAAUUUUUAUAUUUUUGACAAUUUUACUUCACUACUUUCCUAAAGAAAAUAUGGCACUUUUUACUCCAUACAUUUUCUGACACCCAAAGUACUCAUUACAUUUUGAAUGCUUAGCAAGACAGGAAAAUUGUCAAAUUCACGCACUUUCAAGAGCACACGUGGUCAACCCUCCUGCCUCUGGCCUGGAGGACUCACGAAACAAGUGAUUUAUACUUUCAAUUUUACUUUUGACACAAGUAUAUUUACAACCAAAUACUUUUAGACUUUUACUCGAGAAGUAUUUUACUGGCUGACUUUAUCUUUUACUUGAGUAACUUUCUAUUAAAAAGGUAUCUAUACUUUUACUAAGGUAUGACAAUUGGGUACUUUUUCCACCACUGUAUAAUACAGUAUGUAGUUUACACAGGUUUAAGCAUGGAUCUUUUUCACAGGAAAGUGAAUUUCCCUCGCAAAUUGUGAGUAUAUUUUGGGUUGCAUUUAUUGCAUGCGUUCAUAAGUGUUAUAGAGCAAAUGAUGCAUGACAAAUGGAACAUUGCUCUUAUUUUGUCCGUUGUUUUAAACUACUGCAAGUGUCCACAAUCUUGUGAGGCACACCUAUCUUCACCCAAACCCUCAUCUGCUGUGCUUCAGAUGUACACUUCCUGUUACUAAGCAUCAUGUCGUGGUUGGAGGGUGUGAACUCCACUCUGAACCUUCACUCCAACACCUCCUCCUCUCUGGUCUGCACCAACCUGUACGACCACCGCCCCGUCGCCCGCGUCCUCAUGUCUCUCCACUACAGCCUGGUCUUCAUGCUCGGCCUCCUCGGUAACGCCCUGGCACUGCACGUCAUCAGACCCAACCUGGCCCAGAUCAACUCUACCACACUCUACUCUGCCAACCUGGCCGCCUCCGACGUCCUCUUCACCCUGGCCCUGCCUCUGAGGAUAGCCUACUACGCCCUAGGUUUCCACUGGCCCCUGGGGGAGACCCUGUGUCGGGUCACCGCCCUUCUGUUCUACGUCAACACCUACGCAGGGGUCAACUUCAUGACCUGCCUGGCCGUAGACCGCUUCGUAGCCGUGGUUCUCCCUCUGCGUUACACCAGGCUCUGCCGGGCCCGGACCAUCCGCUACGUCUGCAUAGGGGUGUGGGUUCUAGUCCUGGUCCAGACGUUACCCCUCCUCUCCGUGACCAUGACCCGGGCCGAGCCAGACGGGACCACCACCUGCAUGGAGUACCCCAACUUUGAGAACGGGGCCGUGGAGGGACUCCCCUACGUCCUCAUUGGAGCCGUCGUCGUGGGAUACGGCGUUCCCGUUGCAACCAUCCUGUGUUGCUACUUGGUGUUGCUUUGGAAGCUGCGGUUGGUGACAAGAAGUGGGGUUGGUGGGCGAGGUCACAGGUCAUUGAGGAGCCAGAAGGCGACGGGGGUGAUAGCAGGGGUAGUGUUGGUGUUUGUAGUGUGUUUCAGUCCCUAUCACAUCAACAUCCUGCAGUAUAUGAUCCGAAAGCUGAGAUACACACCAGACUGUACCGAGCUACAGGCCUUUCAGGUGUCUCUACACUUCACUGUGUGUCUCAUGAACCUCAACUGCUGCCUGGACCCCUUUGUCUACUUCUUUGCCUGUAAGGGUUACAAGAGGAGGGUGAUGAAGAUGUUGAGGGUUCAGGUCAGCGCCUCUUUCUCCAGCGUGGUCCGAACCGGGGAGGACACCCCCUUCAAAUGGGGGGGGAACCAGGACGGGAGGAGCAGGCUGGGUAGCCGCACAGUUUGUCCUGUUGCUUUAGAUAAUGUUACCAAUACCAUUCCUGGGCCAGAGACUGAGACAGGAGCCGGAGCCAGAGACAGGAGCCGGAGCCGGAGACUGAGACAGGAGCCGGGGACUGAGACAGGAGCCGGGGACUGAGACAGGAGCCGGGGACUGAGACAGGAGCCGGGGACUGAGACAGGAGCCGGGGACUGAGACAGGAGCCGGGGACUGAGACAGGAGCCGGGGACAGACAGGAGCCGGGGACUGAGACAGGAGCCGGGGACUGAGACAGGAGCCGGGGACUGAGACAGGAGCCGGGGACUGAGACAGGAGCCGGGGACUGAGACAGGAGCCGGGGACUGAGACAGGAGCCGGGGACCGAGACAGGAGCCGGAGACCGAGACAGGAGCCGGAGACUGAGACAGGAGCCACAUCCAACCAACUACCCCAGAGACAGGAGCCACAUCCAACCAACUACCCCAGAGACAGGAGCCACAUCCAACCAACUACCCCAGAGACAGGAGCCACAUCCAACCAACUACCCCAGAGACAGGAGCCACAUCCAACCAACUACCCCAGAGACAGGAGCCACAUCCAACCAACUACCCCAGAGACAGGAGCCACAUCCAACCAACUACCCCAGAGACAGGAGCCACAUCCAACCAACUACCCCUGAGACAGGAGCCACAUCCAACCAACUACCCCAGAGACAGGAGCCACAUCCAACCAACUACCCCUGAGACAGGAGCCACAUCCAACCAACUACCCCAGAGUCAGGAGCCACAUCCGGCUGAGUAGCCCCUGAGACAGGAGCCACAUCCGGCUGAGUAGCCCCUGAGACAGGAGCCACAUCCGGCUGAGUAGCCCCUGAGCCACAUCCGGCUGAGUAGCCCCUGAGUCAGGAGCCACAUCCAGCUGAGUAGCCCCAGAGCCGGUCCUGGGCCUGGAGAUGACCACUACUAGGCCAUAGAGACACAGAACCACUAGUCUAGACACACUGUCCUGGGUUGUAUUCACACCAAACGGAAGAAAAAGGAACUGAAACAGAGAGGAACUACCUGAACUUGUCCAAUCAGAAAUGCUUGUUUUAAUUUUACUUCCUUGCUCACUCUGCUAUUUCAAAACUAAUGUGAAAAAGAUGGAAAUCAAGGUCCCAUAAACACAAGAAAACAGCACCACCUUUACAUAAAGGUUCCAGAACUAAACGGGCCGCCUACAGAACAGGAUGCAGAUACAAUCCUACCUUUACAUGAAGGUUCCAGAACUAAACGGGCCGCCUACAGAACAGGAUGCAGAGAUACAAUCCUACCUUUACAUGAAGGUUCCAGAACUAAACGGGCCGCCUACAGAACAGGAUGCAGAGAUACAAUCCUACCUUUACAUGAAGGUUCCAGAACUAAACGGGUCGCCUACAGAACAGGAUGCAGAGAUACAAUCCUACCUUUACAUGAAGGUUCCAGAACUAAACGGGCCGCCUAUAGAACAGGAUGCAGAGAUACAAUCCUACCUUUACAUGAAGGUUCCAGAACUAAACGGGCCACCUACAGAACAGGAUGCAGAGAUACAAAUCUACCUUUACAUGAAGGUUCCAGAACUAAACGGGCCGCCUACAGAACAGGAUGCAAAGAUACAAUCCUACCUUUACAUGAAGGUUACAGAACUAAACGGGCCGCCUACAGAACAGGAUGCAGAGAUACAAUCCUACCUUUACAUGAAGGUUCCAGAACUAAACGGGUCGCCUACAGAACAGGAUGCAGAGAUACAAUCCUACCUUUAGUGAUUCAUCUUGAACAUUUCCGGCACAUUGAACUGUGUACAGAUAUUUAUGCUUUUCAUAAUUAAUUGGGUUCACUUCCAAUACUUCCUUUUUAUUAACUGCUGUUUGAAGUGGAAUUAAAACCAUUCUAUUUCA